AUGAAAGGAUCAAAGCUCUUGUUCCGAUCAGUUGACAAGUCAGCCGUGCGAGCGGUAUCGCAAUCCUCAAGGCGGUGUGUACAUACCGUCAUCCCUAGCUCAAGUCGUUGCACCCUGCCAACUAAGGUGCAACCUGUCGGCAGAUCAUGUUUACUUUCCCAGCCCGCCGAGCUUUCGAGAGCGAUCUGGCCUGGCACACAUGUGAAGCUUACGAGUGGCAAACAUUCUCUCCUCCUCUCGGAAACGCAAGAUUCGGGAGCGCCAGAAACACCGCGUGGCGCCAAGGAGGGAGGUAUCUCGGACCAUGAAUAUCAGACCAGGGUCGGAAAAGCCUGUCGAGUGCUGGUCGAUAGCUUGCCUGACUUUAUGCAAAAGGGUGUAGUCGAUCUCGAGGACCUGGACCCUAACUACGAGUCUUCCCACUCUCCAGGAAGGCGGUCAAAAUGGAGCGCCAAGGGCCUUCUUCCCAGCCUGUCGCCCUUCCUAGGACAGAGCUUACUAAGACGCUCGGCAUGGUCACAGAAGGGCAAGGUCAAGGUGGCGGAAGAUGAAAACGUAUUCGACAGUCUUUACCAUCCUUCCAUCGCAUUCGAAUUUCGACCGCCAAUUCCGCACAUCAGCCUCGGCAAGUCAGAAGGAUCCAAGGUAGACAAGAGCUCCCCACGCAAAGCUAGGACGCAAUCCGACGAGUCCGAUGAUCGAAGAAGCAGCUCAACCUCGCUCGAAGUGUACGAAGAGUACUCGCGCGGCGGACCCACGAUAUGCUUUAACGGCCGUACCAUGUACGUCGCCAGCUCACACCUGCUCAGACAUGCUUUAUCGGCCCUGUUCCACGACACUUGCCUCCAUCUUGAAUCUGCCCGCUUCGAAGGCCGUUCCAAAGCAGGCAGCUCAUGGCCAGGGAUCAGCCCUUACAUCAAACGCAGCACCCAGCCAGGCACAGAUGCCGACUCGUCUCAUGGCGGCUCUUGGCAGGACAAGCUAGUCGUCAGGCUACGGUUCGAGGGAAUCUCCCGUGUCUCCUCGCAUCCGCACACGUACACUGUCAUCUUCAAGUACGAGUUUGAUCGUGCCACCGGUAUGAUUGCUCGUCACAUCGUCGACAACAUUCAGCCUGUGCCUGGUAGCAAGGUUUGGGCUGGACUCAGCAACGCCUGGGGAACACUGAGCCCGUAUGGCGUUGCGGGUGGCGGUGCAGCACCUGGUGGAGGUCCUGCCGCUUGCGCUCCAAAGGUCGCCGACAGAGGCGAUUGA